GUGUCUUUGAAAGGUGGAACUGUAUUCAUGUUUGCUCCCAAUGCAGUUUUAAUUGGAAUGAUGAUGAUUCUUGACUUUGAACUGCUUUUGGAGCUUGACGACCAUUUGUUUAGUUGGGGCAUUGAUUGUGCAUGUACAAAGCUGUUAUUCAAAAUGGUGUAA